AUGAUUGCAUUUAGAAUUGGUCAGAAGUGGAUCCAAUGGAAAUAGGCUUCAUUCAAAGUAGUGAUAACAAAAAGUUUGAAAAUAUUGUUAUAAAUUUUUAAAGUGUAUUUCUACAUUGAUUAUAAGAAAUCUAAUCCAAGAUCUAAGAGUAGUAUGUCCUAAUUCUUGAAAGAGAUGAGAUAUCUAAAUUAGGAAUUAUAUAUAAUAUUAUAUAUUUCAUAAAUUAAGAGUUUUAUGUAAACAAUUAUUGAUGCCAAAUUUUUGUUAGGAAUAGGAAUUGGCUUUUUUGUGGCUUCAUUUCUUAUGUUACCAAAGAUUUAAAAUCAAUCGGAUAAUUUGUCUUAUUCUAAACUAAAACUAUCAUCUAAAUCAAUCCCUUCCACUUAAGAUUUAAAAUAAGUUUAUUUGAAACAAAGUGGCAAAUCCAAAGAAUUUAAGGAGGAGAAGGGAUCAACUUUUUAAUUUCAAAAAAAAGGAUUAAAGAAUCAUAAAAAUGAUUUUUUGGAAGAAGAAGAUGAAAUUAGAAAAAAGGUAAAGAUGCAGUAUCAUCAAUUUGAACCUAUGUUUGAUGAUACAUCUAUUAAAGUAAAAUCCAUUAAUACCUCCUCUGAUUUUGAGAGCUCAUAAUAGUCAAGAAUUGAAUGCGCAACCUAAUUACCAAUAAACUAGAACUUUGUAUCUUAACAGGAUGAUCAAUAAAAUGAUAAAGGAUCUGAAGAAAUCAAUAAAGAUUUUUAAGUGCUAGCGAAUAUCCAAGAAUCUCCAAAUAUAUUAUAAUAAUGGCAUUAAGAAUGA